AUGGCAGCCGAUGCGUUCCGUAUCCCCUACUGGGAUUGGGCAUUGGGUCAACAGGGCGAAGAGUUCCCAGACAUUUUCACAACACCGUUAGCUACGGUGAUAGGGCCGGAUGGCAAUCAGCAAACUAUACCCAACCCACUAUACCAAUAUCAAUUCCAUCCAGCCAGUUCAUCUGACUUCGAGAGUCCGUGGGCUCAAAUGAACACGACUUUACGCUGUCCGACAUCGCAUGCAUUCGAUGCAGAAUCACAGCAGCAGAUGGUUAGAGCUCACUACAUGACCUAUAGGCGAGGGAUUCACGAUGGAGUGGCCAAGGCAUUCAGUUCAGCUACGUACAAUGCGUUUGCCAGUGAGCUCGAAAUUCAUCAUGGCACUGUACACUUCCUCGCUGGCUGUAUGGAUCCCUACGCAGGUCAUUUUUGGGAUACCGAGUACUCUGCUUUCGACCCUAUAUUCAUGAUUGUUCAUGCCAAUGCCGAUCGUCUUAUGGCCAUGUACCAAGCUGCUCAUCCUAAUAAUUGGGUGGAGCCCAAAAAUUCAGGGGAAACUGGGAACUUUUGGAUACCAAAUUUCUCCAACCUCCACGCAGACUUGCCAAUGCCACCUUUCUGGAAAGACGGUCAGAAUUUUUAUACUCCUAAUGACAUUCGGAAUGUUUCAGUUUUGGGCUACGCGUAUCCUGAGACGCAAUACUGGUUGUAUCCGACCACCGAGUAUUGGCGUAUGGCGGUCAAUGAGUCCAUUGCUCGGUAUUACAGCCCAAGCGCUCGGGGAACACUAACGGCACUCAGCGACAUGGGCAGCAGUAGUACCACCCAUUUGCUUGCGGAUACCACAUUUACGGACUGGAUCAUCAAGACCAAAACACCAGUCUUGGAUUUGCCGUCGAAAUUUUAUGUCGUCUUUAGUUUUGUGGGCCUACCUUCUCCAGAGAAGAGCAUCGAAGUGGGUACAUGGACGCGGCAAACAACUGGUCGACGUGACACUCAAGCGCGUAGUCAUUAUAGCGUCAACCGGAAUAGACGAAGCUAUGCUCAUAAUCAACCGGACUUGGAGAACACAAUCAGUCUCACUUCCAGUUUGUUGGAUCAGGUCAUGGCGGGAAACCUAAAGUCACUGAGCGCAGCUGACGUAGUGCCGUACCUCACAAAGCAUCUCACCUGGCAAGUCAUAACAGGAAAAGACCUUAUCCAAGGCAAGAUGCAAGACAUAACUGUGGAAGUCCUGAGCACUGAAGUACGCAUCCCAGAUGACCCCACCCAGGCACUUGAGUACAGCAGCCAUUCAACCCCAUACCCGGAGGUCACAGACAAGCAAUAG